AAUGCGGAAAAGAAUGCGGCGCCCCAUGUUUGGUAAAACUGCAAGACCAUGAAUCCGGGCAGAGCUCACUCUCAGACAGAAAGUCCGUGAGCUGUGCUUGUAGCUUUUUCAACAGCAAAAGCGGUAGGGAGAGAGAUGACUCUCGGACUGAUCAACGCGAACCCCGUGGUUCACGCCAAGAAGGAGAGGAUCGCUCGUACCGAAGAUCUUCACGGCGGCGACGACGCUGUCGAUGCUCUCGAGAUAUAUGAUUCCGUGAGGGAUAUAAGAGAUCCGGAGCAUCCUUACUCUUUGGAACAGCUCAGUGUUCUGUCCGAGGAGUCUAUUAAUGUUGAUGUGAAGCUCGGUCGCAUUCUGAUAACUUUUACCCCAACCAUCCAGCACUGCAGCAUGGCUACUGUAAUUGGUCUUUGUCUCAGAGUUAAACUAAAGGAAUGCUUCCCCCCACAUUUUAAGGUGGACAUCAAAGUGGCUCCUGGAUCUCAUGCAAAUGAAGAAUCAGUUAAUAAGCAGUUGAAUGACAAAGAAAGAGUGGCUGCUGCCUUGGAGAAUCCCAACCUUCGCCAACUUGUCGAGGAGUGCCUUUACUCCAGUGAACUUUGAUCAAACACACCUGCCAUAUCCAAAUCUAUUGUACAGCUAAUGCCUGAUCUUUGUUUAAACUUGAAACACGAGGUGUGGUUUGUAGUAUGGAUUUAUUUGUUAUCAAAUAAUUUUCUGCGUUCUCUUGACCUUCUA